AUGGCGACGCUGGACGACAGUAAUGUGGCUCGGCUGGAGGCCAAGCGCGACUUUGCAGACUUCCUGGACAGCGAUUACGGAAGGGAUACGGGCGAGGGCAAGUACGUCAAGAAGAUCGAGGAUAUGAUGAAGAAAUACCCCACCACCAAGACCAUACGCCUGGAUGUCGAUGUGCAAGAUCUCUCCGAGUACAAUCCAGACCUGCACCGCCGUGUGUUGGAGUCCCCGGGCGACUGCAUCCCUCCCUUUGCCGAGGCCCUGGAGGACAUGAUCCGCAACCAGAGCCCCAAGUUCCUGUCCAAGCUGGUGUCGCUGCAGGGCAUCGUCACGCGCUGCACCCUGGUUCGCCCCAAGGUGGUCAAGAGCGUGCACUGGUGCGCUGCCACCAACUCCUUCACCAGCCGCGAGUAUCGUGACGCCAGCUCCAUCGAGGGCCUGCCCACCAGCACCGUCUACCCCACGCGCGACGAGCAGGGCAACCUGCUGUCCACCCAGUACGGCAUGAGCAGCUUCGUGGACCACCAGACCGUGACCAUCCAGGAGCUGCCGGAGACGGCGCCCCCCGGCCAGCUCCCACGAUCAGUCGAGGUGGUGCUGGAGGACGACCUGCGUGACGCCUGCAAGCCCGGCGACCGGGUCAGGAUCGUGGGCGUGUACAAGCCGAUCGCGCCCUCCACUGCCGGCGCCAGCUCCGCUGUGUUUAGGGCAAUUGUGAUGGCCAACAGCGUGUCGCGCCUGGCGGCCGACGCGACGUCCCCCACCUUCUCAGGCGAAGACUACGACAACAUCGUGUCGCUGAGCCAGGACCCGGGGCUGAUGGAGUGCCUGGCCGGGUCGCUGGCCCCCUCCAUCUACGGCUACUCCUGGGUCAAGCGCGCGCUGCUCCUGCUCCUGGUGGGCGGCCGCGAGCGUGUGCUGGGCAAUGGCACCCACCUCCGCGGCGACAUCAACUGCCUGCUGGUGGGCGACCCCGGGGUGGCCAAGUCCCAGCUCCUCCGCGCCGUCAUGAAUCUGGCGCCGCUGUCGGUAUCCACCACGGGCCGCGGCUCCUCGGGCGUCGGCCUGACCGCUGCCGUCACCACCGACGCCGACACGGGUGAGCGCCGGCUGGAGGCCGGGGCGAUGGUGUUGGCGGACCGCGGCGUGGUCUGCAUCGACGAGUUCGACAAGAUGAACGACGCCGACCGGGUGGCCAUUCACGAGGUCAUGGAGCAGCAGACGGUGACCAUCGCCAAGGCGGGCAUCAUGACGUCUUUGAAUGCGCGGUGCAGCGUGGUGGCCGCCGCCAACCCCAUCUAUGGGCACUACGACCGCUCCAUCUCCAUCACCCGCAACAUUGGGCUGCCCGACUCCCUGCUCUCCCGUUUCGAUCUCCUGUUUGUCGUCCUGGACAACAACGACGCCGCCCGCGACAGACAGGCGCGUCGGAUUGCAGAGCACGUGCUGGGUCAGCACCGGUACCGCGCGCCCGGGGAUGACGGCCGCAACGGCGGCGACGACCGCUACGUCGAGAACCUGGAGGAGGACGAAGAUCGGGAGCGCGGCAUCACGCCCAUGUACGUGCGGUACGAUGCCAGACUGUACGGCCCACGCCAGCCUGGCAAGCGGGAGCCGCUGUCCAUCCCCUUUUUGAAAAAGUACGUGGCCUUUGCCAAGCAGCGCUUUGCCGCGCCGGAGCUCACGCCCGAGGCCUCGGACGCCAUCGCCGAGUACUACGCCGACCUGCGCACCAGCCCCGAGGUCAAGGCGCUCCCCGUCACCGUGCGGACGCUGGAGACACUCAUCCGCCUGUCCUGCGCCCACGCCAAGGUCCGCCUGUCGGCCUAUGUGGAACCCCGGGACGUGACCGAGGUGAUCGCCAUCAUGGACCUCAUCCUGAAGAGCGACCCCUCGGCCCAGGAGGCGCACAAGACGGCCAGGACCAAGGCCGGCGGCGCCAAGCGCACGCGCGACGCCGUCAUCAGCGACGAGGAGGAGGAGGGAGGGGCCGAAGGCGCUGCGGGGGCUGCCGAGCCCAUGGACGUCCAGGAGGACGAGGCCAUCAGCGAUGCCGAGGAUGCGCCGGCCGGCCCCUCUAGGAGCGGCGCGGCCACUGCGCCGCCGGUGGCCGAGGAAAUCAGGGAGCUGGCGUCCGCCGUGCGCGCGGCGGUUCUGGAACUGGGUCAGCGCUCCGCGGAGGCCUGCAACGUGACGGGGGUGCUGGCGCUGCUGAGGGCGCAGGGCGACGCCAGCGUGAGCGGGGCCCAGGUGCGUGCCGAGCUGGAGGCGCUGGAGGCGGCGGGUGCCAUCAUGCUUUCUAACGACGAGUUCUACCUGACGCACUGA